AUGCGCAGUUCAAUCGCCCUCGGCGCCUGUCUGGCCCGUCUCCCAGCCCAUAUCCCCCGGCGCGCCUUUGCGACCUCGGCGCGGUGUCCCGCGGCCGCCAACGGGAACAGCAACGGCGCGGCGCUGAACCCGCGAUGGCUCUCCGAGCUGCAGGCCCGCAUCAAGAGGUGCGGCAGCCUCGGGCUCCAGGGCCAGCAGAAGGAUGACCUGAAGGCGCUGCAGGAGGCCGUCGACGGGCAGUGGCUCGAACUGCUGGCCGGGCGGGAGGGCUUCCUUACGGGCUCCGGGUGGAGGGGAUUAGAUAGACAUACCGUGACCUGGGGAGAUCAGGAUGCAAUGCUCACAGGCGCAGGUCACGUAAACAAUGUCGUUUACAACAAGUACGCCGAGUCGGCGCGGUUCAACUGGCUGCGCAACUUCGCCACCACCAUCGACCCGACACACAGGGACGCGUGGGAGGCCUUCAUGUCGCCGCGUGACGUCGGGCUCAUCAUGAGGAGCAUGAAAACGGACUACAAGUUUCCGAUGGCCUACCCGGACCACGUCACGGUCCUGCACAAGAUCGUUUCGGAGCCGACGUACGAGUCCGACUACAUCCUGCUCGAGGCUCUCCUCGUGUCUGACGUGCACCGCCGCCCCGCGGCGCGCUGCUUCGAGGACAUCGUCGUGUACGACUACAAGGCUGCCAAGAGGACGCCGCUGAAGCCCUUCAUGGUCGACCGGCUCCGGGAGACGUACGAGGCGCAGGAGCGGAGCAGGGUCGAGGUCGAGAGCAAGGUGCAGAGGCUCCUCGAGGUCGUCGAGAAGCUGGAAAAGGCGGCGUGA